AUGCUUGCUUUUUUCGUCCUUGCUGUACUCGGCCUCUCCUGGAUGAAUCAUGGUGUUUUAUCUUCUCCGGUAAAGAGUGUCCAUGUCCACGGGAACAGCACGUCGGAAGUUUCGAUUUUGCCCAAUGGAACGCUGGUUUCUCCCCAUUGGGUUAUCUACAGCGACAGGGGCGUGUCCGGUCUUUCAGGACCCCCACCAGUCUCCCAAAUUGAGCCUUUCGCGUACAGCGCAUUAGCCUUCCUUCUUGUCGCCGGAGCGUUCGACCAAGCAGCAGAAUGGACACAGCUUACUUCAACUCAAAGAGCAACAAUCAAGGCGCAAUAUGCUGCCGCUGGCAUUAAGCUUAUAGUUUCUGUUUUCGGAUCGACUGAUGCUCCCACUACCAAUGGAGCCGAUCCGAUCGCCACUGCUGACACCAUGGCUGCCUGGGUAAUCCAAUACGGACUCGAUGGUGUAGAUGUUGACUACGAGGAUUUCGACGCAAUCAACGCAGGCGACGGUAAAGCCGAGGCUUGGCUGGCAUCCUUUACCCGUAGACUUCGCGUAAAACUUCCACGAGAGGAUUAUCUAUUAACUCAUGCCCCUGUUGCACCGUGGUUUUCACCGGGGAAAUUUGGCGGGGGAGCGUAUUUGACAGUCGAUUCAACAGUCGGUAACUUAAUUGAUUGGUACAAUGUGCAGUUUUAUAACCGUGAUUAUUAUAGCAAAAAGGGUGCUAACGAGUAUACUACCUGUGCCGGGCUUCUGACAAAUUCAUCCUCUACCUGGCCGAAAUCUGCUCUCUUCCAAAUUGCUGAUAGUGGUAUUCCUUUGCAUAAACUGGUCAUUGGAAAACCAGCACUUACGAGUGAUGCCUCCAAUGGAUUCAUGAACACUUCAACUCUUGCAAACUGUCUCAAUACCGCUAAGAAAUUUGGCUGGAAUGCCGGAGCCAUGGUUUGGGAAUUUCCUGACGCAAAUUCAAGCUGGAUAACCUCAGUUCGCAAAUUAUCAUUCCCCGUGUAG